AUGUUACCCCCACUCGUCCUCGUAUCCUUAUCUCUCGCCUUCAGCCAGGUCAGCGCCAGUGUCUGGCCAGCACCCAAGAAACUCUCGACCGGCUCGAAUGCCCUGUUCAUCAGCCAAACGCUGGAAAUCACAUACAAUGGGGGAUCUCUUCCCUACACUUACGGGUACAGCCCAGCCCCAGGUUCGACCUUCAACAGCAAGGACGUUGUCCAAGGUGGCGUUUCGCGGGCCAUGGGUGCAAUUUUCCAGCAAAACUUUGUUCCAUGGAAGUUCCACCCCAAGAAUAGCCAAUUCGAGCCCGAUGUCAAUGCGGCGGACAAGAAAGCGGUUACGUCGUUGAAGAUCACACAAACGGGCGAGGACAAGGCGAGCGCAUUCAAGCCUCUCGCCGGCGAGGUCGACGAGUCGUACUCACUCAACAUCACGGAAGAUGGCGCGGCUACCCUCGAGGCCAAGUCUUCGAUCGGCGUACUCAGAGGUCUCGAGACCUUUUCGCAGCUUUUCUACAAGCACACUUCCGGGACUUCAUGGUACACUCCAUUGGCGCCAAUCUCCGUUGAGGAUGAACCGGUCUACUCUCAUCGUGGAAUUCUUAUUGAUGUGGCCCGAAACUGGUAUCCUGUGGAGGACGUUUUGAGAGUCAUUGACGCCAUGUCGUGGAACAAACUCAACCGCAUUCACAUCCACAUCACAGAUUCACAGUCGUGGCCACUUGACAUCCCAGCGAUGCCUGAUCUGUCAGCCAAAGGUGCUUACCAAAAGGGUCUCUCAUAUACCCCCGCGGACCUGGCGAAGAUUCAAGAGUACGCAGUUCACCGCGGAAUCGAGCCCAUCAUCGAGAUCGACAUGCCCGGACACAUUGGCUCAGUAUCUUUUGCGUACCCGGAGCUCAUCGUGGCUUACAACGAGAAGCCGUACCAGUGGUGGUGCUUGGAGCCGCCUUGUGGCGCUUUCAAGAUGAACGACUCCCGUGUGGAUGAUUUCCUGGACAAGCUGUUUGACGAUCUCCUGCCGAGAGUAAGCCCGUACUCAGCCUACUUCCAUACCGGGGGCGAUGAGUUGAACAAGAAUGAUUCAAUGCUGGACGACGGUGUCAAAUCCAACUCGACCGAGAUCCUGCAGCCGCUCUUGCAGAAGUUCAUGGACAAGAAUCACGCCCGCAUUCGCAAGCACGGCCUCGUUCCGUUCGUUUGGGAGGAGAUGGCGCUUGAAUGGAACAUCACUCUGGGCGACGACGUAGUCAUCCAGUCAUGGCUGGGAAAUGAUGCUGUAAAGAACCUCACGAGCCAGGGCCACAAGGUGAUUGACAGCAACUACAACCUCUGGUAUCUUGACUGCGGGCGAGGCCACUGGAUGAACUUUGACAACGGGGCAGCUUUCGAGCAGUUCUACCCAUUCAACGACUGGUGCACGCCGGCAAAGGGAUGGCGACUUGCCUACUCACACGAUCCCAGAGCAAACCUGACGGAAGCGCAGGCCAAGUUGGUGCUCGGUGGUGAGGUGGCAGCGUGGAGCGAGUCGAUCGAUUCCGUCAGCAUCGACGGCAUUCUAUGGCCCAGGGCCAGCGCGGCUGGAGAGGUUCUGUGGUCAGGCCGGCAGGAUGCCUCGGGGCAGAACAGAAGCCAGUACGAUGCGGCACCGAGGCUGGCCGAGUUCAGAGAGCGAAUGGUUGCUCGCGGGGUCAGGUCGGAACCGGUGCAGAUGACAUUCUGCACUCAAGGAAACGCAACGGAAUGCGCCUACACCAUUGCAUGA